AUGUUGGUUGAUGAACCAGAGGAAGAUGAGACAGAAGCUAACGUUGAAAUAGAUCAUGAUCAGUUAUCUCCUGAAACUGAGCGGUUGAUGAUAGAUAUUGAUGAUACUUUGGAAGCUGGGAAAUCAUCUAGUAAGGUAGUUGUUGAUGAUGAAGAAAAGAGUUCAUCUGGUUCAGAUGAUGAUGUUGAUGCUGAAGUUGAUCGUUGGAUCAAGGAAAACUAUGAUCCAAGAGAUAGAGAGCAACAAAAGAAAAGAAAGAGGAGUUCGGGUGACGAUGAUGAUGAAACGUAUGUUCCACCAGAGAAUAUUCAAGUUGUAUCACCACCAUCUUCUGGAGAGGAGAUACCUCUUGAAAAGCUUGAUGAUUUUAGCUUUAUGAAUGAUGAUCUUGUAAAGAAGUUGCAAAAGAAGGUGGAUGAGGUGUCAAGUGAGAAAAAGAAGUUAGAAAAACGUAUCAAGUCUGUUGAAGCUGAAAAUUCAUCUUUGUUGAAAAAGGUUGAAGCUUAUCAAGCCAACAUAGAUAUUCUGAAAGUUCGAAUAGCUGAAUUGGAAGAAGAAAAGGCUCGGAGGGAUGAGCAGAACGAAUACUUUAAGUUGAAAAACAAAGAGUUAGAAGCCAAUAAUGCUAAGAAAGAACAAGAAGCGUAUAUGUUAAAGAAAGUGUUGGAAAAUUUGAUUGCAAAGCCGAUCAAACAAAGAUUUGAAGAGAUAGAACUUGAAGAAGUAAGAGCAAGACGUAAAGCUGAAAUUGAAGCUGAAAUGAAAGAUAAGGGAAAAAGUGUUCCAGUUGAAGAUGUUGCUCAAGUAACUGAAAGGGAAAUUGUUCCAUCAAAAGUUCUCGAAUCGUCUAUUCUAGAACCUUAUGAAGUGUAUUAUGUUCAUAGUGAUGAUGAUGAUGAUGGCAAUGGUGAUAAUGAUCAAGGUACAUCGGGUAUCAAAGUGACUGAAGCGUCAAAUGAAGAGAAUAUUGAUGAUUAUCUUCAAGAUGAUGCAAAUGAAGAAUCAGAAAAAGCAGGUGGAGAGGGGAAGCAUGGUGAUUCUGAAAAAGUUGAUGAGAAUGUUGAUAAGGGUACAGGUUUAAUUCUACGUCUUGAACAUGAUGUAGAAGAAGUGUACAGUUACAAGUCAAACAGUCAAGCAACUAAACAGUUAACGCGCAAUAAAUAUGAAUAA